CAUAAUAUUGUUAUUUUACGGACCUAAUUCCCAGCUCUUGUAUUUUCCCUGGACGAAUUUGGGGAUCCAGAAUCCAAAAGACGAAGAACAGAAAGCCAGCGAUGAUCGGAUACCUGAAUAAGGCAGUGCUGACGUCGUGCUUCGCCGGCGGCGUAACGGCGGCUCUAUCCAGAAUUUACCUCAUUCACCGGGAUGAAAAGGAAGACCAGUGCUCCACGACCCAAACGGUUAAACAAUUCGAAAGAUAUUUUGAUAGUCGUAUUUCUGCGCUGGAAAAACUGAAGGAGACUGAUGCUGAAAAGCAUUAUGAUCUUACUGAAUAGGUAGGUUUUCUCCUUCUCUGGAUUUAGAUGCGAUGCUUAUUAAUCGUGUUGGUUUCUACUUGGUGGCGAUUAAUGGAUUUCAAUGAACCCAUGGGUGUUUGUAAUAAUUUAUCCAUGGUAGAUGCAUCUUUCUUUGUUUGGCGUUUCAUGACAUUGGAACAGUUCUGGAUGUUUCAUCUUAAGUUGACUGCAAAGUUUCUUGACAAAAUCUGGGGUCUCCAGAAGUUUGCUAAAUGAUUACGUACUCAUACUCCCUUAUGAAGAAAAUGGCUUUCUCUAGGAAGUCUUGGUACUCAUUUGGAUCUAUUUUCUUUUUUCUUAUGGUUGUCUUUGGUUGCUUACAAAAAAUUGAAAUUGAUAUUUACAUGCACCACCAAAAAGAAACUCCCCUAGGGAAUAAGUGUUAGUUAACUUCUUGAUAGACUCAGGCGUAUCCAUGGGGCAACACCAUUUCGGUGCCAUCGCCAUUCGUGACCUCUUUUCUCAAAGUUUUCCAGUCCGAAAUAUUUAGGGCCAAUUUAAAAAAAAACCUUAAUAUCAGAUUGACGAUACUCAGUCGGUCAAUAAUCUCUCACUCUCUCCAGUCGCUGUUUGUCUUUGAACUUCUUCGCACAUAACAUCGCCAUUGCAAAUUUUCUUCUUCUUUGCUAGUCGUGGCUUGAGAAGGGAUGAAUGUUGCGUGUCGCGCGACUCUGGCCUGGGAACACUGCAACUUUGCGUCUCUGCUACCGGCCCCUCUUUGUGACCUCAUGGACCUCUUGGGCACUGUAAGUAAUAAGCCCCCAAUUACUUCUUUGCAAUCCUGCCUUAGUGUUUUUUUAAAAAUGUCAUUUACUCUGGCAGUGUGGCUUGGGAACACUGCACCAAGCUGAUUUCAACAACAACCUAGUCGGGUCCCACAAAAGUAGGGUUUGGGGAGGGUGUGUGUAAUGUGUAUGCAGAUCUUACCCCUACUCGAAAGUAGAGAGGUUGUUUUGAAAGAAUUCCCUGACUCAAGCACCACAAGUAAUCAUGUACGUAGUCUGACCCUUAUGUUUAAAACAUAGAGCGGCUGUUUCCGGAUGACUCGUGAUGAGCGUCAAAAAUUUCUUUGACUAAUUGCUACGGAGUACUUUAGAAGUGCAUACAGUUUGAAGAGCCAUUUUGUUUUACUCCAUACCACUAACCCAAAACAUAGUGAAUCUUUAGCUCAACUGGAGAUGAUGGAAAGAUGCACAAAGUUGAUUCCAAACUCAAAGAAUGACUAGGUGUGCAUACUUUGUGGCCAUAUAUAUAAGUAGAGGGCGGGAUUACAAGAUUUAAACAACAUUUGUUAGGGGGCAUCGUAACUCAAACAAAUGACUAUCACCUUAGGGUGUUUUUAAAUGAAUUUUGUGUUGUGUUUUUAUUCCCAACAUGAAUAUUUAGAUCAAGUACUCUGUUAUUUUUGCGUGAAUGCAUGCCUUAUACACUCGUGAAUUUAGUUAAUUUGUUGUGUGACUUGUGUCAUGUGGCGACACGCCAUAUUUGUGCCAUCGCCAUAGGAAAUUGGCCCAUUGCCAUUAAUGUUUCCACGUGCCAUGACAACCAUGUUGAUAGUAUAUUCAUAUUUGUAUCUCGUGCUAUUAAAGUUACUAAGUGAGCUAAUGCUCAUGGAUAAGGUGAAACACCCCCUGAUCUAAUUGUUCACUUUGAUAGUGCUCUGGUUGGUAGUUUGAACUGCAGAUUGGUCAUUCUUGAAGCCGAUUCUCGCAAGACAAAGAGAGGAAGGUCCCAAUCAUUGUAGUAAUCCCAUUGCAAGUGCUGGCUAAUACUACUGAGUAGGAAGCAUAAUGCAGAGCGUUUCAAAGUUCGAA